AUGAGUUUGGUCCAUCUGAGACACCUUUCUUCAGCCAUAAAAUCUACUCUGAAUCACAAGACAACUAUAAAUGUAUCAAUCUUAGAGACACACUUGAACAAAUGCCAAAAUUUCAAGCAAUUCAAGCAAGUACUUUCUCAAAUGGUCUUGACUGGGUUCAUCAAAGACACAUUUGCAGCAAGUAGGCUUCUCAAGUUCUCAACUGAGUUACCCUUUAUUCAUGUUGAUUACUCCCUCUAUAUAUUCAAUCUCAUUGAGAACUCAAAUGGGUUCAUUUGGAAUACUAUGAUGAGAGCUUAUGUACAGAGAAACUGUCCUCAAAAGGCUCUGUUUAUGUACAAAUCUAUGUUGGAGGAAAACAUGGGUCCUGAUUACUACACAUACCCACUUCUGGUUCAUGCUUGUGCUGUUCGGUUAUCUCAAAUUGAAGGGAAACAGAUGCAUAGUCAUGUCUUCAAAAUGGGUUUUGAUUUAGAUGUUUAUGUUCAGAACACAUUGAUUAACAUGUAUGCUGUUUGUGAAAAUAUGGCUGAUGCAAGGAAGCUGUUUGAUGAAAGUCCUUGCUUAGAUUUAGUAACAUGGAAUUCAAUAUUAGGAGGCUAUGUUCAAACGGCCAAUGUAGUUGAGGCUAGUUAUAUCUAUGAUCGUAUGCCAGUAAAGAACACAAUCGCUUCAAGCUCAAUGAUUGCGAUGUUUGGUAAGGCAGGUUUGGUAACCGAGGCUUGUCAUUUGUUCGAUGAUAUGCCUGAGAAAGACAUGGCUUCGUGGAGCGCUGUCAUUUCUUGUUAUGAACAGAAUGAGAUGUUCAAUGAGGCUUUGGCUAUGUUUACGAAAAUGAAUGCUAAUGGAAUUAAGUUGGAUGAAGUUGUGGUGAUUACUGUUCUUUCUGCUUGUACAAACUUGUUGAUCGUCCAGACAGGGAAAAUGGUCCAUGGUUUGGUCGAGAAAAUUGGAAUCGAAACUUAUGUUAACCUGCAAAAUGCUUUGAUUCACAUGUACUCGAGUUGCGGUGAAAUAAUGGCUGCUCAGAAUUUGUUUAAUGCAGCUCAUCUUUUGAAUCAGAUAACUUGGAACACCAUGCUAUCUGGGUACUUAAGAUGUGGUUUAGUUGACAAUGCCAAGGCAUUAUUUGAUUCCAUGCCAGAGAAAGAUGUCAUCUCAUGGAGUGCAAUGAUAUCAGGCUAUGCUCAACAUGACUGCUUCUCUGAGACUCUGGCGUUAUUCCAGGAAAUGCAGAGGUUUGGAGUCAAGCCUGAUGAGACCACUUUGGUAAGUGUUAUCUCAGCUUGUACUCACUUGGCUGCCCUGGAUUUGGGAAAAUGGAUUCAUGCCUAUAUAAGGAAAAACAGUUUAAAGGUCAAUCCCAUAUUGGGCACAACCCUUAUAGACAUGUACGUGAAAUGUGGCUGUGUAGAUAAUGCAAUGGAAGUUUUUCAGGGGAUGCCAGAGAAGGGAAUUUCCACUUGGAAUGCCCUCAUUCUUGGAUUGGCUAUGAAUGGGUUGGUAGAGAAGUCACUGCACAUGUUUUCAGAGAUGAAAUCAUGUGAGGUAGCACCUAAUGAGAUCACUUUUGUUGCUGUUCUUGGGGCAUGCCGACACAUGGGCUUGGUUGAGGAGGGGCGUCGCCAUUUCAAUUCCAUGAUUCAAGAACACAAGGUAGAACCCAAUGUUAAGCAUUAUGGCUGUAUGGUUGAUCUUUUAGGACGUGCAGGUAUGCUGAAAGAGGCCGAGGAACUGAUCAAAAGUAUGCCUAUGACACCAGAUGUUUCGACUUGGGGUGCCUUACUUGGGGCUUGUAAGAAACAUGGAAACCAUGAGAUGGGGGAGAGGAUUGGAAGAAUGCUCAUUGAGCUUCAGCCAGAUCAUGAUGGUUUCCAUGUGUUGUUGUCGAACAUAUGUGCUUCAAGAGGAAACUGGGAUGAUGUUCUUGAUGUCAGGGGAACAAUGAUGCGUCGUGGGGUGGUGAAGACCCCGGGUUGUAGCAUUAUUGAAGCAAAUGGUAUAGUUCACGAGUUUCUUGCCGGGGACAAAACACACCCCAUGAUACAAGAGAUUGAGAAAAAGUUGGAUGAAAUGGCGACGAGAUUGAAGAUGGAAGGUUAUGCACCAGAGACUAAUGAGGUUUCACUCGACAUUGAUGAAGAAGAAAAGGAAACUGCUCUUUUAAAACACAGCGAAAAGCUUGCCAUUGCCUUUGGACUUAUCAGUACCAGUCCUCCAACACCAAUAAGGAUAAUGAAGAAUCUGAGAAUAUGCAAUGACUGUCAUACAGCAGCGAAGUUAAUCUCGAAAGCAUAUAAUCGCGUGAUUGUGGUGAGGGAUCGACAUCGUUUUCAUCAUUUCAACAAUGGUUCUUGUUCUUGCCUGGAGUAUUGGUAGUAGAAGAUAAGAUGUAAGCUAAAUGGCCAACUCUUGGAAUCAAAACAUCAUAUUGUAAAGAUUUGGAAAUUACUUUGUUAUUUUGAAUCUUUAAUAUUGAGUUAGCAAUUAUUUGAAUUAAGGUCCAAAUACCAUUUUCAUGGAGUCUAGCAAGUUCAUCCACAAACCAUGAUUGUAUAUAGUUAAACAGAUCAAUAAUAAAAUAGCAAGAAAACCAACUUGCUUGUUUUUAUUAUCA